GCUGCCUUAGUAUUAGUCUUACUGAGCAUUUGGAUAAAUUUAACAUUGUCUGAUUCCUGCCGUCAGCCAUCGCUGCCUUUAUGUGACAUUCAUUAUGAUCUGUUGGACCUUGGGCUUUGGAUACCGUUGCAGAUUUCCUAUCAAGAGGAUGAAUAUGACUUCCUUGUGCUAAGGAAGAAUGGAUCACGCUUUUUUCUCUUCAAAUGGAAGUCAAAUCUAUUUUACAUUUUUUUCAGACUUUAAGACUAGUAACAAAGUGGCGGUGACUGUUUUGGAGACUAUAGUAAUGUCCUUGGUUUUUAUCGUUUCCAUAGUCACAAAUAUAAGUGCCAUCAUCUUGAUGGCUAAAAAGAAAAAGCUGGUAACUGCCAACUGUUUUGUGCUGAACCUUUUCUGUGCGGAUCUUCUUUUCAUUAGCAUGAUCCCCGUCAUUUUGGUUAUCCGCUGGACUGAGGUUUGGGUGUUGGGAGAAUUUAUUUGCCAUAUGCAUUUUUAUAUUAUCUGUCUGAGUGGUUGUGUCACUCUCAUAUCCCUUUCAGCUGUAAGUCUGGAGCGGAUGAUCUCCAUUAUGAAAGUCACCCAGGCUACCACGUGCAAUGUAAAAGUGGUGGUGUGUGGACUUUUGGGAAUUUGGCUAUUCUCUGCCUUCACUGCUUUACCCAUGUGCUUAUUUUUCAAAGUAGUGGAACAAAAAGUAAACGGCACGGUUAUUCCCAUUUGUACUUUGGUCUGGCCAAAUGUCGGAGAAGAAAUUGCAUGGGAUAUUUCAUUUAUCAUUUUGAAUUUUAUUAUACCAGGGUUAAUCAUUGUGGCCAGUUAUACCAAGAUAUAUAAGAUUACCAAGUCAGUGAGGGACCGCUUGAUAAGCUGCGAGGCCCACCAACUAAAGGUCUCCCACAGAGACUACAAACUUUUCCGUACUUUGUUCAUUCUGAUGAUUUCUUUCUUCAUUAUGUGGACUCCCGUCGCUGUCCUUGUUCUACUGCUUCUCCUUCAGAACCUUCACAAACAAAUUUCUAUCCCACCAACUGUGUUUUUUUGGGUAACAACCCUAACUUUCAGCAACUCUGUUCUUAACCCCAUUUUAUAUAACAUGAAUCUGUUUCGCCAGAAAUGGGUCCAGAUUAUUCUGUGCCAUCCACUUGAAGGAAUUGCAGAUACCGAAACCACCACCAAACGGAAUGAAAAUGCAAAUAUUUCACAUGGGACAUUUUAGGUCUUGGUUGUGGUCAUUCUUUCAUUGGUGGUAAGAAGCCCCCAAAAAUUCCCUACUUAAUGUCAACAAUUACCUUAAAAUUGCCAGUAAGCCAAUAUGUUUUUGAAAGCACCAAGUGACUCAAGA